GGUUCAUUGCAGAAUGUUGGGGGCAGGUGCGCCCGCGGCUUUCCUAGUGAAUGAUAAAGGUUGAUGAAAGGGUUACGGUUUGGGAGGCUGCGCAGUUCGAGAUUUCUUGAUCAUACGAGGCAUGCUUUCGCUUCCGGGCUAGCGGUCAGAGAUGUUGGAGCAGAGCGCACAGUGAACAUCCACAACGAUAGACCGAGCAUCGAUGCUUCGUGCAGGCAGGAUGGAGGAGUUUGUUACGGAGGAAGAUGAGCCAUGGUACGACCAACGGGAUUUGGAGCAGGAUCUGCACCUGGCAGCUGAGCUGGGGAAGACCCUUUUGGAGCGCAACAAGGAGCUGGAGGACUCCCUACAACAGAUGUACAUCAACAAUGAGGAACAGGUGCAGGAGAUCGAGUACCUGUCCAAGCAGCUGGAGAUGCUGAGGGAGAUGAACGAGCAGCAUGCCAAGGUCUACGAGCAGCUAGACGUGACGGCCAGAGAGCUGGAGAUCACCAAUGAGAAACUGGUUAUAGAGAGCAAGGCCUCGCAGCAGAAGAUAGACAGGUUGACGGGUACCAUGGAGACACUGCAGGCUCAGGUGGAUACCAUGACAGCUCGUGUGGAGGAACUACGUACACUGAAGGAGCUGAGGGACCACAGAGAGGAGCGGGAGCGACGCAAGACUGUCCACUCCUUCCCCUGCCUUAAAGAACUCUGCACUGCACCAAAGUAUGAGGAUGGCUUCCUGGUGGCCAACCCCGGCAGUGUGGACCUGGUGUCUGAGCGUGAGCGCCGGCCGCUGGACGAGGAGAACGAGCGUCUAAAAGGUGUGGUCUCCUCCCUGAGGUCCGCCAUGGUGGCAGAACGGGGCCGGAGGGAGGGGGCAGAGAGGGAGUGCACAGCUGUGCUGCAGGAGUUUGAGCUUAUGGAACAACGCCUCCUGGGUGCUGAGGGCUGCCAGCUGCGAGUGCAGGAGCUGGAGGCGGAGCUACAGGAGAUGCAGCAGCUGAGGAGGUCCCGGGUCUGUCUGUUGGAUGAGGGUCUGGAGCAGACCCUGCUCAACAAUGCCCCCGAGACCGACACACCCGAGGAGGGACCGGGGCAAAAGGAGGGAGGGGAGGGGACGGGGGAGUCCGGGGGGACAGGAGGAGGGGGGCAGCAGGGAGGCCCCGUAAGGAAAAGCUGCAGCGACACGGCGCUCAACGCCAUCUCGGCCUGCGACGCCCCUGGCAGGCGACAGGGCAGCUACGCAAUCCAUGCCAACGGCGUGCGCAAGCGCGGCAUGUCCAUCCUGAGGGAAGUGGACGAGCAGUACCACGCCCUGCUGGAGAAAUACGAGGAGCUGCUGGGGAAGUGCCGGCGCCACGAGGAGGGCAUGUGCCACGCGGGGGUGCAGACGUCACGCCCUGUCUCCAGAGACCCCUCCAUGAAGGACUACAGCAUGGCCACCCCCGGCCCCUCAGCCAUGGCUGCUGCACCCCCCACCCCGCCCCAGACCCCCUCCACCCCAGAGGCCCUGGAGGGCAUCAGCCGGCAGGUAGACCAGGUGGACAAGAGGCUGGGCCAGAACACCCCAGAGUACAAGGCCCUGUUCAAAGAGAUCUUCUCCCGCCUACAGAAGACCAAGAGUGAAGUGAAUUCCACCAAGGGUAGAAAGUCCCCAAGGGUAGGAAGUCCUAAGGGGAAAAAGUCCAAAGACAAAUGAGCUGCUUUCCUGAUACUACUGAACAUGACCUCUCCUGAUACUACUGAACAUGACCUCUCCUGAUACUACUGAACAUGACCUCUCCUGAUACUACUGAACAUGCACUGAAAACAAUGGGUACAAAAGCCACAGAUUUUUUUCUUAAUUAGUUUCUCUUUGUUUGACCGUGUUUGUUCAAAGGGGUCACUUGAUGACAGGUUACCUGUACUUCUGCACUGGGGAAAUGAUACAAUAUACUGUGGAUGAUCUCCUCAGCUGUUUUAUCUUUCUGGAUACAGCCACGUUUCACCCAGAUGUACAAUGAAUUGUACCUCUGAACGACAUUCAUCAUCUGGGUAGAUGAAAUGCCUUGAUUCUUGACAUAAUUUAAGAUCAUUUAUGACAACCUAGUUCUGCACUAAAAAUCUGUUAGACCCGUCUUUGGUCAAGACAAUCCAGUACAAUGUUUAAAUUACUGAGCGUGUAUACUGAGACUGCACUAGUUCUAUUUAAAAUGUAUAAAUAAUUGCUAUUUAAUGUUUUUGAUGACUGACAGUGAAUAACAUGUGCAGAGCUAUUCAUAAAAGGUGUUUUCAAAAACAAUCCUGACGUUCUCAAUGAAUAACACUGUUGCCUUAACAUCUUAGGCUUCAGGUAUGCAUCUAUCCAACAUAUACAUUGGUUUUGAAAUCAGUAGACUUCAAUUGAGGGAGCCCAUGGUACUCAAGGAAGUGAUAACUUGUUCUAAAAUAAAUACUGUAUGUAAA